UCCUCUUCUCCAGGCUGAACAACCCCAGCUCCCUCAGCCCCUCCUUGUGAGACUUGUUCUCCAGACCCCUCAUGAGCUUCAUUGCCCUUUUCUAGACACGCUUGAGCACCUUGAUGUCCUGCGUGAUUCAGCAUGGCGGUGGGACUGGAUUUGUGGGCAGAGCUCUGACCCAUUUGCUUCAGAGCCAUGGUCAUGAGGUGACCCAUGUCUCUCGACAAGCGGGCAAGGAUCGCAUCAGCUGGGAAGAGUUGUCCCGCCUUGGAUUGCCCCAGUGCGAUGCAGUGGUGAACUUGGCUGGUGAGAAUGUCCUCAACCCUUUCCGCAGAUGGGGUGAUGCUUUCUGCAAGGAAGUUAUCAGCAGCCGAGUUGAAACCACCAAGACCUUGGCCAAAGCCAUUGCUGAUGCUGACCAGCCACCCAGUGCUUGGGUCGUCGUCACCGGCGUAGGCUAUUACCGCCCUAGCCCCACAGCUGAGUAUACUGAGGAUAGCCCUGGGGGGAAUUUUGACUUCUUCUCGCGCCUGGUGAGCUCCUGGGAAGCUGCAGCUCUCAUCCCUGAGGGUCCAACUCGUGGUGUUCUGGUGAGAUCUGGUGUAGUGCUGGGCCGAGGUGGUGGCGCAAUCUCUCAGAUGCUCUGGCCAUUCUGGCUAGGACUGGGAGGCCCCAUAGGGUCUGGGCACCAGCCAUUCCCGUGGAUCCACAUUCAGGACCUGGCUGGGAUCAUAUGUCAUGCCCUGGAGAAUGAGUGCCUGCAAGGGGUCUUUAAUGGUGUCUCCCCAUCUUCUCCUGCCACCUCCAACAGCACCUUCACUCAGGAGUUUGCUGCAGCCCUGGGACGCCCAGCGCUACUGCCAGUGCCUGCCUGGGCCGUGCGAGCUGUCUUUGGGGUCGAGCGCGCUGUUAUGUUGUUGGAGGGCCAGAAAGUGGUACCAAAGCGCACCCUGGAGAGCGGCUACCAUUUCAUCUUUCCUGACCUUUCUGCAGCUUUGAAGGACAUUGUGGCUUGAGUAUUCCUUGUUCAGGCUGUUUAGGGCCUUUUUUUUUUGUGGUUCCCUGGCUCAUAUACCUUCCCUUGGGUGAAAGAGGGUGUCUUUUCCUGUUCUGUCUUCUUUUGUGCAUCUCCAGUUUAGGAGACAUCCUUCCUAUUUCCAACUGCAAUCUCCACCUGCUUUUGGUGAAGGGCACAGACCUCUUUAAGGAUUGUGACUGCUGAAUCUGCCGUCUCUUUUCCACAGCAUGUAUGUGAGCAGCUCACAGAGCACCUUGGGGGAAGGAUGUCUCUGCCCCCUGCAAAAGAGGUAUGGCAGCAGGGAAGAUCUUCAGGUGUUGUAAUUCUUCUCCAUGUUACUGGAAGUCCCUCUUCCUGUUUUUCCCAAUGUCUUUCACCAUAUGGUCUCAAGAGACUUAGUUAUGCUCUUCUGUUUUGCUCGUCUCAAUCUCAUAGGAAAUUGUAAUUAAUUAAUUGUAAGCUUGUAAUUAAGCUUGGGGGGGAUCCAUCUGAGGGGGCACAGAGAGCGAUGGAUAUGGGUGACUUGGAGACCUUGCCUUCUCCUUUUUUCUGGUAGAUUUGUGCUAGAGCAAAGGUGUCAGAACCUCCAGCAGACUCGGCCUGAGCAUCGUGCCCCUACAGGUGGAUUUGCAGGAUUCCAUAGUACCCAAGGGCUUUCAUUCAUAAGUUUUUCUGCUUUAUGACAAGUUACUACAAAUCACUGCUAGCAAGGAUACAUGCGUUUAAUAACACAAAUAUAUUUAUCAAGCUAUUAUGAAUUAUUAUCAGGAAAACAAGUGUGUGUGUAUUUGUAUGUGUUUAUAUAUAAAAAGUCAAUAGCAGCAGCCAGUAAUAAAGCAGUAAGGAUAUAUACUAAUAUUACAGGUUAUUACAAACAAUGCUAGUGAAAUAGCAAAUAUACUCAUUAUUGAUUACUUAUAGGCACAUACAUAUAUUCAAAAGAUAACCAAUACCACUAGCUAACAAACCAAUCCCACAAGUGGGGAUCAAGCUGUCUUCAAAGUGGUCUAACUAGGAAGACCAACCUCAGAAAGGGGUCAGCAAAGAAAGCUGACCUUAGAAAAGUCAAUUUUCAACUUGACAAUUUUCUUUUGCCAAAUGGUAUGCAGAAGAUAGUUAAUAAGGGGAUAAACAGCAACAACAAAAUAAAUCCUACUUUACAGGCAACUAUAUUUGGUUAUUUAGAGCAUGCUACAGAUGGUGUUACAUAAGAACUGAGAACACUAUGACCUGUACAAGCACAUGGAGGAGAAGGAAGUGAUCAGGAGUAGUCAUGGGUUCACCAAGGGGACAUCACACUUGACUAACCCAAUAGCCUUCUAUGAUGGAAUGACUAGCUGGGUGGAUGAGGGGAGAGCAGUGGAUGAUGUCUACAUUGAUAUCAGUAAGGCUUUUGACACUCUCCCAUAACAUAUUCGUAGGCAAGCUCAGGAAGUAUGGGGUGGAUGAGUGGACAGUGAGGUACACUGGCUGGAUGGAAGAGCUCAUAGGGUUGUGAUCAGUGACACUGAGUCUAGUUGGAGGCCUGUAGCUAGUGGUGUCCUCCAGGGGUCCGUAUCAAGUCCGGUCCUGUUCAAUUUAUUCGUCAAUGACCUGGUUGAUGGAGUAGAGUGCACCUCAGUGAGUUUGCUGACAACACAAAGCUCAGAGGAGUGGCUGAUAUCCCAGAGGGCUGUGCUGCCAUUCAGAGGGUCCUUGACAGGCUGGAGCAUUGGUUGGUAAGGAACAUCAUGAAGUUCAGCAAGGGCAAGUUCAGGGUCCUGCACCUAUGGAGGAAUAACCCAAAGCACCAGUACAGGCUGGGAGCUGACCUGCUAGAAAACAGGCCUGCAGAGAAGGAUCUGGGAGUCCUGGUGGACAGCAAGUUAACUAUGAGCCAGCAAUGUGCCCUUGUGGCCAAGAAGGACAACAGUAUCCUGGGGUGCAUUAGGAAGAGCGUUGCUAGCAGGUCGAGGGAGGUGAUCCUCCUGCUCUACUCAGCCCUGGUGAGGCUUUACCUGGAGUACUGCAUCCAGUUAUGGGCUCCCCAGUAGAAGAGGGACAUGGAGCUCCUGGAGCAAGUCCAGCAGAAGGCUACAAAGAUGAUGAGGGGAGUGGAGCACCUCUCAUAUGAGGAGAGGCUGAGAGAGCUGGGCCUCUUUAGCUUGGAGAAGACUGAGAGUGGGUCUUAUGAGUACAAAUACCUGAAGGGAGGGUGUCAAGAGCAUGGGGCCAGACUCUUUUCAGUGGUGCCCAGCAACAGGACAAGAGACAACGGGCACAAGUUGAAACACAGAAAGUUCCAGCUUAAUAUGAGGAAACAUUUUUUUACUGUGAGGGUGACAGACCACUGGAACAGGCUGCCCAGAGAGGUUGUGGACUCUCCUUUGGAUAUAUUCAAAACCUGCCUGGAUGCCAUCCUAUGCAAUGUGCUCUAGGUGAUCCUGCUUGGCAGGGGGGUUGGACCAGAUGAUCUCAAGAGGUCCCUCCCAACCUCAGACAUUCUGUGAUUCUGUACGGUGCAGUGCCUUCUUGGAUAUUAUUGCAGACUUUGUGGAUGGAGCUAUAUUUAGCAUAUUCUGCAUCUACAUUGUCUAUGGAAUAUAUACUUCAGUAAGAAAACCAUGUUCUCCGAAAUCCUGAUUUUUCAACAAAAGGAAUUAUUUUUUCUCAACAAGGAAUUAUUUGGCCAAUUCUACUUUAGAGACAAAACAAGAGGUAAAUUACAGGGCAAGUAAGGGCCAAGACAGAAAAAAUCUAAGGCACAGUUUAUUUCAACUCAAAGUAGAAAUUAAAAAUGUGUUAGCUGAAUUUCUCCCUAGAAAUGCCUUUUGCAGGAAUCCUUAGGAAUCCAUAGGAUUCUAUGUUGCAGAUGUCUAUAACUGUAUAGAUAAACAAUACAAUAAAUGUGUGGUGAGGUACUGGGACAGGUUGCCCUGAAGAGUUGUGGAUUUCCCAUCCCUGGAAGUGUUCAAGGCCAGGUUGGAUAGGGCUUUGAGCAACUUGGUCUAGAGGGUGGCAUCCCUGCCCAUGGCAGAGGGUUUGGAGUUAGAUGAUCUUUAAGGUCUCUUCCAAUCUGAACAUAUGAUUCUAUGCCUCCCGUAAGAGCAUGACCACAUUGCCUUUGAUUUUUACUUAACAAUUUCAGAUUGCAGUGGACUGCCUGUGCUGUUAUGAGAAGCAAAAGCUUGCCUACAAACUAGGUGAUCCAGCAGUUUACACAUUGUGCCUUUGUGGGGAAGCAAUCAACUCAUUUAAAAGGCAGCCAUGGAAGAGGGGAGGCAGUCAUGCCUCCAGGGAGGCAGCAUCAACAUUCAAGUUCAACUAUAAACUGAAAUCUUGAAUUAACAUGCUUGCACCAUUGUGACUCUCUGCAUCAGAACCAGAAGUCCAUUAAUAAUUCUAGAAAGUCUCAACACCUACCAGAUUAUUUCUCAAAAAAAAAAAAAAAAAAAAGAUUUUUAACAGUAACUUCAUAGUACAACUGAUACAAUUCCUUUACACAGCUUGGUUCUCCUCUAAAUUAUUCCAUACAGUAAUUAGUAUCACCCUAUGGCUUUUGGAUGGAAGAAAAUUACUUAAAGAUUACUGAUUAUAUAUUAUGCUCUUACGUAAUGUACAACAUGGAGUUGUUCCUAAGAGAACUGUAUUAACAAACAAAACAACAACAGUUUUAUUUACUUUAAAA